ACUAUUGAUUGCCCCUCGACCGGGUUAAAUAGAAUUGUUCUUCCUGCAAUGUCUGCUUCUCACGCGGGGCUUCCCAUGAGCUGCGCACGUCGAUUCCGACCCCCAUACACGAACCGUCGCCUGGAGUAUAAGCUAUCACAAUGGGGCGAAAGCUUGGUCUCCUUCGGGCCAUCAGCCUUGUGUCUGCGAGUUGCAUGGGAUCUUUUGCCUUUGCCUUUGACACGGGUGUCAUCAGCGGCGUCCUCACCUUGUCCUCGUUCGAGAGUGACUUCGGAUACACCGUAGCCGAGAAGACCUCCGUGAACUCCAACGCCGUUUCCAUCCUGCAAGCAGGCGCCUUUUUCGGAUGUUUCUUUACGACUCCCAUCGCGAAAUAUCUUGGUCGUCGGCUUGGGCUUAUCGUGGGCUCACUGGUCUUUACCGUGGGAACCAUCCUGCAGGUCAUUAAUUCUCAUACGCUGGGAACCUUCUAUGCGGGUCGCGUGAUUGCAGGUGUCGGUAUUGGAGCUGCGACAGUUUUGAUUCCGGUGUACGCGGCUGAGAUGUCGCCUAAAGAGUUCCGAGGUCGGCUUGGGGCAUGCUUCCAACUUUUCUUCACCUUGGGAGUAAUGAUCGCUUACUGGGUAACAUAUGCUGUAUCCAAAGAUCAACCGUCCGCGACCAAACAAUGGCAAAUCGCGCUGGGUCUGCAACUCCUACCCUCAUCCCUUCUUCUCUUCGGUAUGCUGGCCGGCAAGGAAAGCCCCCGAUGGCUCGCGUCCAAAGGCCGGCUUGACCAAGCCCGCGAGGCGCUCAAAUGGGUCCGGGGUGGCGAAGAGACCGAAGAGCUCCAAAAGGAGUUCGACGAGAUCCUCGCCGGACUGGCCGAGGAAGCCCGCAUCAAAGAGGGCUUCACAUUCCGCGAGCUACUCCUCCCAGCCAACCGAUACCGUCUGUUCAUCGCAUUUACCAUCCAGCUCGCCGCGCAACUCACGGGAAACACGUCGCUUGCCUACUAUGCCACGCAGAUCUUCUCUGCGGUCGGGGCCGGCAACUCCAGCAAGCUCGUGACGGGCUUUUUUGGGGUGACCAAAGUGGUUGGCGUGUGCAUCUUCCAGCUCUUUGUGCUCGAUCGUGUCGGCCGGCGCUGGCCGUUCAUGGUUGGCGCGGCGGCCAUGGGCUCCUUCAUGCUGAUUAUCGCGUGCGUGCUCGCCACCCACCCGACCAAUGCCUCGGCCACUCACGCUAGCCCGGCCGGCAUCGCCAUGAUCCUCAUGACCUACUGCGAAGCCUUCAGCUACAACAUGUCCUGGGGCCCACUCCCAUGGCUCUAUGUGGGAGAGAUCUUCAGCAGCCGCAUGCGGGAGAUCGGGGUCACCGUGGGUGCAGCGUCGCAGUGGUUGUUCAACUUCAUGAUGUCACAGAUCACCCCGCAUGCCAUUGACAAUAUCGGAUGGCGCAUGUUCCUGAUGUUUGCCAUUUUCAAUUACGCGGUCGUCGUCUACGCGUAUGUAUUUCUGAAAGAGACGUCGCAAUACUCGCUCGAGGAGAUGCAGAAUGUGUUCGGUGGGGAUCCACCCCAUGCGGGUGAUAAGAUUGUGGACGAGACGGGGGAGGCGGCGCACGGGUCGGGGGAAGUCUCGGAGAAGACUGGGAGGCAGACGCAGGUUACUGCGUCAAAGGAGGGCUAAGUUUGGGGUAUAGAGUAGUUCAUGACUGUGUUCAGGAUGUGAUCCUGGCUAUGAUUGAUAUGAGUUUGGGCGGAAUGGGUCUGACUAGCGUGAUAGAGUCCCUCCGGGGGGGGUUGAGUGAGGUUAAUAUGAGCAACUGUUCAUGCUUUGAUGCUCAUGUCUGCGGAUGUGAUAAGAAGAGUGGGGUGGGAAUUUUUAUCUAUGCAGUUACGUGAGCGUAUGUAUCGGGGGUUGUGCACUGUACCUACCUGCUCUAUAACUCAG